AUGACACAAGAAGAAGGCUAUGAAUUUACUACCUUCAGAGGGUCUGACGCCGGCGUAGUAGCUUCCAAGACGAAACGAGCGCCCCUGACGAGCAACCAAGUGCUGAUCUCCAUCACUCACUCUGGCUUGUGUGGAACGGACCAACAUUAUCGAAAGGCCGGCUGUGUACUUGGACAUGAAGGCAUAGGCGUUGUCCAGGCUCUGGGGCCAGAUGUGAGAACCCUGAGGAUCGGACAGCGGGUUGGCUGGGGUUAUGUUCACGGCACAUGUUACAAGUGUCGGCAAUGCCUUGAAGGCUACGACCAGUUCUGUUCGGCACGCCAAGUAUACGGGGUGACAAAUCUUGACCAAGGGUCCAUGGGAUAUGCAGCUAUAUGGCCCGAAUCCUCCCUUUAUGCAAUACCCGACAAGCUCUCCUCGCUCGACGCCGCACCCAUGAUGUGUGCUGGAGCAAGCAUAUUCGGCAUCUACGAACAAUGCGGCAUCAAACCCAACGAUAGAGUUGGGAUUAUAGGGUUAGGGGGCCUUGGCCACAUGGCACUGAUAUUCGGAGCCAAGCUGGGCUUGGAAACCGUCGUCUUUACGCAUAGUGUUGCAAAACAAGUUGACGCUAUUGUCAUGGGUGCAACAGAAUUCAUCCCCCUUGAAGACCUGCCACGCAUUAUCUCUGCUCGGCGGAAACGCCGGGACAGUGAUAGUGGUAUUGAUGACCAGGAAAGGAAUAGCAUAGAUGAUGGAAGCGAAGGCGACGCUGGGAACAUCCGACCGCUUGACCACUUGAUAGUCACCACUACAGAGAAUGUAGAUUGGCCUACCUUUUUUGAACUCAUGGCUCCACGUGGUACAGUGCAUAUGCUAGCCGGGAACAUAAAGGACAAUCUUGUUGUGCCCUCUGCGGCGUUGAUCGACUCCGGGCUACGGGUGUUCGGUAGCCUUGUUGCCCCGAGAAGCGUCAUGAUUCGAAUGUUGGACUUUGCUGCCAGAAGUCGGGUGAAACCAAUAGUGCAGAAAUUCCCCCUCACCGCAGACGGGGUUAAUACUGCAUUCCAGAAACUGGAUGAGGGGACCAUUCGAUACCGCGGAGUGCUGGAAACCCCGAGGGACUGUUUAUACAAGGUUUCACAAUAG